CGAAAGCGGUGAAGGACAGGCCGCAGAGGCAAGGACACAAGGGCACCGUGGAGAAGGCGAGCGUCCUUAUCAGGCGCGUUGGCUGCAUCGCGCUGCAACCGAGCACAGGCCAGAGGGAAGAGAGAGAGCCACCGCAGUCUGCACUUGCGGACGAAUUCGUCGAAACAGCCUGCGGUAAUGAACCAUCGCCAGCUGGCGACGAUCGCUGUUGGGAACGAAGAGGAGCCCCACCCGCCGCCAGCCCGUAGCAGCGGCGCGCGCCCCAAGGAGCGGCGGCGCGGCGCGGGACCACCCUCGUGGCGCGCCUCCACGCCGCCCGAGAAGCUCCAAAACCUGGCGCAGGAAGACAGAGGGUCCGCGGCUCCAGUGGUGAUCUUCGGCGAUGCUGCACUUUCUUGCAACGCCAUCGGUUGCACGCAAGGGUCCGUGGCGCCUCUCAGCGCCACCGAGACGGGUAUAAAACGCCCAGUCGGCCCCAGAAAAUUGCCGCUCCUAAGCGGCAAGGGUCCGUGGGAACAGUGGAGAGAGCCAGCCGGCCCUAACACUUCAAACAAUCAGCCGAAUGCCUGGCCAGGGAGCAUCCGCGAGGACUGGAGCCAGCCAGCGAGGGCAACGGCGCAAGGGGGAUGAGAAGGAGGAGGAUGCGGACUGAUCGAACAAGGACAAGAGAUGCCCAUCAAUAAAAACUUGCCGCCCCGAAAACUCGCGGGGCUACGAUGUCAGCAAGACUCCCAAUCCAGCACCGUCCGUCGGAGGAUCCCCGUGAAUCCGCCUCCGUGACCGCGAAUCCGCCAUCCUACCGAUCCUGGACACAAUAUCGGCCUGGCCAAAAUCGGUGUAUAUGUACAAUGUGCGCCCUCCGAAGGUAACGCGGCAACCAUGCAAGAUGUUGGCCCCGCCACCGCUUCUGCGUGGCAGCGCUUCCUUCUUC